AUGAGAUAUCUGGUUAAUGGCAAAGAAUACUUUUUUGAUCGUAAUGGCGAAAUGUUUUAUUAUAUAUUGGAAUUCUAUCGAACCGGAAAGCUUUUAUGUCCUAUCGGAUCUUAUAUAAAACUUGAAAAAGAACUUAGUUACUUUCAAAUUCCUUUUGAUAAAUCAGAGUUAGCUUUAGAAGCUUCUACAAAAGCAGUUGAUCGAUUCAUUUUGUGCCUUAAAAAAUUGAUCAUUAGCUAUUGUGAAAAUUUUCAUGACAAUAUUAUUUUAUAUAUUGCUAAAUCGGGCGUUUCCAUGCGUACUAAAAAUUUUUGUCCAUUACUUUUUUCAGAUAAUCUUAUUGAAAGAUGUACUUACCAAAUUCUGGUUAAACUAGAAAAACAGAUUGGAGAACAUCUAGUUAAAACUUUUUCCGAAUUGGAAUUAAUGUGGAACUGUGAACCAAAUUAUUCUGGUUUUCUAAUCACUAUAACAUUUUCGAUUAAAAAACUUUUUCAAUUCAAAAAUACGCAAAAUUCCGUCUCAUCUCUCAUCUUAGAUAAUAUUUCUGAAGAAAAAAUUAUUUUAAAUGUUGGUGGCAAAAAGUAUGAAACUUUUCGAUCAAUUCUUACUGCUCAGCCAAAGACUCUACUUGGAGUGAUGUUUCAAGAUCGAAAUAAUUGCAUGAGACAUCCAGUUAAUGGGAAUGAAUAUUUCUUUGAUCGUAAUAGUGAAAUAUUUGCUUAUAUCAUGGAAUUUUAUCAAACUGGAAAGAUUCCAUGGUUCAUUUUCGACACAACAAAAAUCAUUUAUAAGCAACUUGAAGAAGAACUUGAUUACUUUCAAAUUCCUAUUAAUAAGUCAACUAUAUUUUGUUCGUUGGCUUUAGAAGGUGCUGCAAGCACAUUUAAACAAUUUAUUUUGGCCUUUGAAGAAUUGAUUAUUCAGCAUUGUGAAAAUUUUAGAAGCGAAAUUUCAUUAACUAUUAGACCUGGAUCGAUUCUUGUAGAUGAUCGUGAAUCUUCCCUUUCAAUUGAACGUUUCAAAAUGAAUGCUUAUAAUAUCUUAAUUGAGAAAGAAAAGCAAAUUGGUUAUCAUUUAUCCAAGACUUUUUGCAAACUAGGACUAGAAUGGAAAUUUGAGAAAUCUGAACGAAAACAUUACGGCAUUGAACAACUAUUAGAGAUUUUUAUUUCUUUUUCAAUUAGAAUAGGUUGA